AUGUCUUCUAGGCCGCGCUCGUCCUUGGAAGACCUGGACUUGACGGGCGAGGAGGCGUCGCGGCUGGCGCAGGCCUUCCAGGACGAGGAGUUCAAGCGGCUAUUUGCGGAGUACGCGGCGGAGCUGUCGGACCCGGCCCAGCGCGCCAUUUACGAGGCCGAGGUGUGCGCCUUGGAGCGGGAGCGCGGCGUGGAGGCCCGCUUCCUCCGCCCGGAGCCCGGCUGGGCCUUGAGGACGAGCCAGGGGGGGUCCCGCAGGUGCUACCUCAACAUCUGCAGCAACGAGUUGGUGGGGAGGCCCGAGGCGGAGGCAGGCCGCGGGGGAGUCACGUGGCGGCUGCCGCACUGCCUGUCUCCCGGGAGGGAGGAGCUCAGCCGGGGGAAGGCCCACCAAAGGGAGCCCCGCCGGAGUUGGGUUUACGACGUGCUCUUCCACCCGGAGGCCCUCCGCCUUGCCCAGAGGGAGCCCCGAUUCCGGGAACUCCUCCACCAGACCGCCCUCGAGGCCGUGGAGAAGCACUACGCGCCACAAGGCCUCGACAAGGCCAACGCCACUGUCCUCCGCGGAGUCAAGUACAAGGGAGUCCCACAGGCAUCGCUGCUUCGAACGCCCCUGCCUCAGAAAGACGGAGAAGGGGAACGAGGAGAUGGAGAAGGACCCUCUUCCCCUCUCCCGCCCUUCCCCACGCCUUACGCCUACCCCCCUCCGCCCCCAGAAGCGGAAACCGACCUCACCCCGCCUCCAAUGGGGUCCCCAUCCGCCACCACCCCUCGCUGGACCCUCCGCCACCGCUCCUUCCUGGACCUCCAGGACUUCCGCCCGGAUUCCACGCCCAGCACCGUCCCCCGCGAGCUGGAGCUCUCCGUCGAGCUGCCUCUCCUCCGCUCCGCCGCCCAGGCCCGGCUGGAAGUGCGAGGGAGGCUCCUGGAGCUCGACUCGCCCAAGCCGGCGGCCUACCGCCUCCGCCUGACGCUGCCCUACGCCGUGGACGAGGCCGCGGGAAAGGCCACCUUCGACAAGGCCAAGCGGAGGCUGCUCGUCACGCUGCCCGUCCUCCCGCCGCCCGCCAGGCCCUUCCCCGAGGAAGAGGAGGACACUUCCGGUCAGCUGGAGCCUCUUCCGGACGCCGAAGUGACAACACCCGGUCCCCCUCCACUCCCCGAGGAGUUGAUGCCUCUUCCGGACGCCGAAGUGGCUGAAUCCGUUCCUCCUCGUGCUCAAAAACCAAAACAUCCGGUUGAUGCGCAGGAAGAGGCGGGAUCUCCACAACCGGGCGCUGAAGCCAUAGAUGGGAGUCCUAUGUCGUCACUUCCUGUCGGGCAAAAACAGUCCAACUCUGCCUCUGAAGCUACAAAGGAAGUGACGAAUCACUCCGAACUUCCAUCUCCAGCCAACAGCGUCGGAUACACAGCCCUCUGUGCUUCUGAAGUUGCUGAAACCGUGAUUUCUCCGUCACUUCCGGUGCCUUCCAGCCACGUGGACCUUUGUUUAUAUGAAGAGGGAUUGGGUUGUUCGUCACUUCCGGCGCCUUCCAGCCACGUGGAUCAGUGUGUAUCUGAAGUCAGUGAAACUGUGAGUUCUCCCUCACUUCCCGCCCCUGCCAGCCACGUGGAUCUGUUUGUUUCUGAAGCCCCGAGUUCUCCCUCACUUCCGGCCCCUCUCAUUCCUUCCAACCACGUGGAUCUGUGUGUUUCUGAAGCCAGUGAGGCAGUGGGUCUUUUAUCACUUCCGGUGCCUUCCAGCCACGUGGAUCUGCCUGUUUCUGAAGUCAGUGAAGCUGUGAUUACUCCGUCACUUCCGGACCCAGUCACGCCUUCCAGACACGUGGAUCUUUGGGUUUCUGGAGCUAGUGAAGCAGGGGGUCUUUCCUCUCUUCGGGGACCUGUCAGCUACCUGGAUCAGUGUGUAUCUGAAGUCAGUGAAACCUUGAGUUCUCCCUCACUUCCGGCCCCUGUCAGCCACGUGGAUCUGUCUGUUUCUGAAAUCAGUGAACCCCUGAAUUCUCCCUCACUUCUGGCACCUGUCACUCCUGUCAGUCACGUGGAUCUGUGUCUGUCUGAAGACAGUGAGGCUGUGGGUCUUUCCUCACUUCCGUCCCCCGUCAGCCACAUAGAUCUGUGUGUUUCUAAUGUCAGUGAAGCCCUCAGUUCUCUAUCACUUCCGGCCACUGUCAGCCACAUAAAUCUGUGUGUUUCUAAUGUCAGUGAAGCCCUGAGUUCUCCGGAACCUGUCACGCCUUCCAGCCACGUGGAUCUUUGUGUCUCUAAAGUCAAAGAGGCUGUGGGUUUUUCGUCACUUCCAGCACCUGUCAGUCAUGUGGAUCUAUGUGUCUCUGAAGCCAGUGAAGCCGUGAGUUUUCCGUCCCUUCCGCUGUCUUCCAGCGUCCGCCACGUGGGGCUAAGUGCUUCUCAAGCAGGGAGUCCUUCACUUCCGGCACCUGUCACUCCUGUCAGCCACCUGGGUCUGUGUGACUUGCCAGAAGAGUCUGAAGUCGUAGCAGAAGUGUCUCCUCCUUCACUUCCUGCUCCUCAUGCCAACCACGUGGGUCCUCAGGAGAUGAAGCAGCCCACAAAUGUCCCCAGCGCUGUGCACCCCCCAUGCCCCACAGAGGACCCUGCAGCCCCCGCCUUGUCCUCCUCUCCUGACCCUGCCUUGCUGCCUCCAUCUCCUGGCCCCGAUGGUCCUCCCAAGCCCACCACCAGCCCUUCUGUUCCGCCGUGUCCCCCUUUCAGCUGCACCCAGGAUGAACAGACCGUGACCGUCCUCUUGCAAGUGUCCAGCGUGGACCCGCAAAGUCUCCAGGGGGAAGGGGGCGCCCACCAUUACAGGGUCAGUUUCCGCAGCCAGGACUUGGCUUCCUACAGCAUCCUCUGGCAGUUCCUUCCGGAAAACACAUUGGCUCCUCAUGAGGCAGAGAUCAGCGUCUCCCCCAAUAAUGUCGUUAUUGUCCUGGCCAAAUCACCGGAGACCUGCGGGCUUUGGACUAAGCUCCAUUUCGGCCCAAAUGCAGACACCUUGCAGGUAAUUCAUUUUGAGUUAUAUAUGGAAGACUCCUUGCUGCCUGGAUAUUUUGUCGGGAGCGUUUUUAUAGUAACAGCUAGCAGAUAUACUUGA